CCCCUCCAAAUCAUUGGAUUCAGGCGUUCCAAUCACCUCCAUGGCCAAAGGUGUAUAAAAAAUUAAGCAUCUAGGGAUGCAGACUGCUUCUACAAACAUUUGUGAAAGAAUGGGUCACUCUCAGGAGAUCAGUGAAUUCAAGUGUGGUGCCGUGAUAGGUUGUCACCUGUGCAAUAAGUCCAUCCGUGAAAUUUCCUUGCUACUAAAUAUUCCACGGUCAUCUGUUAGUGGUAUUAUAACAAAGUGGAAGCAACUGGGAACAACAGCAAUUAAGCCCGCCACUGGCAGUGGAGAUGUGUUCUCUGGAGUGACGAAUCACGAUUCUCUGUCUGGCAAUCCAAUGGACAUGUCUGGGCUUGGCAGUUGCCAGGAGAAUGGUAUGUUCCUGACUGCAUUGUGCCAAGUGUAA